AUGCAUCGGCGACACACCACCCUCCGGGAGAAAGGGAGGAGGCAGGCCAUCCGAGGCCCAGCCUAUAUGUUCAAUGAGAAAGGCACCAAUUUGACAUCCGAAGAAGAACGUUUCUUGGACUCAGCAGAAUAUGGCAACAUCCCAGUGGUACGGAAAAUGCUAGAGGAAUCCAAAACAUUGAAUUUCAAUUGUGUUGAUUACAUGGGACAAAAUGCCUUGCAAUUGGCAGUUGGCAAUGAACAUCUGGAAGUCACCGAACUUCUUUUAAAGAAAGACAAUUUAGCAAGGGUUGGAGAUGCCCUUUUGUUAGCCAUCAGUAAAGGAUAUGUACGAAUUGUGGAAGCAAUAUUGAACCAUCCAGCCUUUGCACAAGGGCAGCGUCUCACUCUAAGCCCACUUGAGCAAGAAUUACGAGAUGAUGAUUUUUAUGCUUAUGAUGAAGAUGGAACACGCUUUUCCCAUGAUAUUACACCUAUUAUACUUGCUGCUCAUUGCCAAGAAUAUGAAAUUGUUCAUAUAUUGUUACUGAAAGGGGCACGGAUAGAAAGACCUCAUGACUACUUCUGUAAAUGCAAUGAAUGCAAUGAGAAGCAAAGAAAAGACUCAUUCAGUCAUUCUCGAUCAAGAAUGAAUGCCUACAAAGGAUUAGCAAGUGCGGCUUAUUUGUCUCUAUCUAGUGAAGACCCUGUCCUUACAGCUUUAGAGUUAAGCAAUGAGCUGGCAAGACUAGCCAACAUUGAGACAGAAUUCAAGAACGAUUAUAGGAAGUUAUCUAUGCAAUGCAAAGACUUUGUGGUGGGCGUCCUGGAUCUCUGCAGAGACACAGAGGAAGUGGAGGCUAUUCUGAAUGGUGAUGCGAGUGUAGAAGUAUGGCCUGAACAUCCCCGUCCAAGUUUGAGCAGAAUCAAGCUAUCCAUUAAAUAUGAAGUCAAAAAAUUUGUUGCCCAUCCCAACUGUCAGCAACAAUUGCUCACCAUGUGGUAUGAGAACCUCUCAGGCUUACGCCAGCAGUCAAUUGCUGUGAAAUUCUUGGCUGUCUUCGGAGUUUCCAUAGGCCUUCCAUUCCUCGCCAUAGCGUACUGGAUAGCUCCCUGCAGUAAGCUGGGACGUACACUCCGGAGCCCCUUUAUGAAGUUUGUGGCACAUGCUGUUUCUUUUACAAUUUUUCUUGGACUGCUAGUAGUGAAUGCAUCCGACAGAUUUGAAGGUGUAAAGCUGCUUCCCAAUGAAACUGCCAUGGAUCACCCCAAGCAAAUAUUUAGAGUGAAAACAACACAAUUUUCAUGGACAGAAAUGCUAAUCAUGAAAUGGGUUUUAGGAAUGAUAUGGUCUGAAUGCAAAGAAAUUUGGGAAGAAGGCCCCCGUGAAUAUGUCAUGCAUCUUUGGAACUUGUUGGAUUUUGGGAUGCUGUCUAUUUUUGUAGCUUCCUUUACUGCCAGAUUCAUGGCUUUUCUCAAAGCCACCGAAGCACAACAAUAUGUGGAUCUCUUUGUCCCAGACAAUGACCUCAUUAAUGUCACCCUUCCUCCUCAGGUUGCCUACUUCACAUACGCCAGGAGCAAAUGGCUUCCCUCAGAUCCCCAGAUCAUAUCAGAAGGACUAUAUGCAAUAGCGGUGGUACUCAGUUUCUCAAGGAUUGCUUACAUUCUCCCAGCCAAUGAAAGCUUUGGUCCUCUCCAGAUUUCUUUGGGAAGAACUGUGAAAGACAUCUUCAAGUUCAUGGUCAUCUUUAUCAUGGUGUUUCUCGCCUUCAUGAUUGGAAUGUUCAACCUUUACUCAUACUACCUAGGUGCAAAAUAUAACCCAGCGUUUACAACGGUAGAAGAAAGCUUUAAAACUUUAUUCUGGUCGAUAUUUGGCUUGUCUGAGGUAAUAUCAGUGGUGCUGAAAUAUGAUCACAAAUUUAUUGAGAAUAUUGGAUAUGUGCUCUAUGGGGUUUAUAACGUCACCAUGGUGGUUGUCCUCCUCAACAUGUUAAUAGCCAUGAUCAACAAUUCUUAUCAGGAAAUUGAGGAAGAUGCAGAUGUGGAGUGGAAAUUUGCACGUGCUAAACUCUGGCUUUCCUAUUUUGAUGAGGGAAGAACUCUACCUGCUCCUUUUAAUCUAGUGCCAAGCCCUAAGUCAUUUUAUUAUCUCAUAAUGAGAAUAAAAAUGUGCCUCAUAAAACUCUGCAAAUCUAAGGCCAAAAACUGUGAAAAUGAUCUUGAGAUGGGAAUGCUGAAUUCCAAGCUACGAAAAGUUCAUUUCGAAUCAAGUACUCCAAAGUCAGACAUUAUCCUGAAGAAUGCCUACAAUAAUCCCACCAGAUACCAGAAAAUAAUGAAGAGACUAAUUAAGCGAUAUGUUCUGAAAGCUCAAGUGGAUCGAGAGAACGAUGAAGUCAAUGAAGGAGAACUUAAGGAGAUUAAGCAAGACAUUUCGAGUCUCCGUUAUGAGCUUCUUGAAGAGAAAUCCCAAGCAACAGGAGAAUUGGCAAAAUUAAUUCAGCAACUAAGUGAUAAGUUUGGAAAGAAUUUAAAUAAGGACAUUUGAGAAUGGACAAAGAAGAAGAAAAAAUAUGUUAUUCUUUUAACCAGCAUUCUUUAAGAGCAAAAAUUGUUCAGGAAGGAGAAUCGUUGAAAGCUGAAAUUUUGCUGAUUAGCCAUUCUUUUCUGGGGACUGUGCAUUAGUUUGGUGUAUUGAUUGAAGCCGAUGAUCAAUUAAUUCAUUUAUGAUGUAAAGGUAAGGUGACAUUUUCAUAUUAAAAUCAAGCUUUUUUU